AUGCUAAGCCGCGCUCUGCAGGCGCGGCGCAUCGCUCAAUUGCUGCGAUGUGCGCCACAGCGAUGCAUCACGACCAUCAGAGACGUCACCACCAUCGACGCCCUCGCGACCAUCCCCUGCGACCAGAUGAUCACGUUUAGCAUCGUCGCGCACAUCGACCACGGCAAGAGCAGCCUGAGCCAGCGGCUGCUGGAGCACUGCGGCAACAUCGACGCGGCCGCGGCCGUCGGCCAAGACGCGCUCGACACGCUCGCGGUCGAGCGGGAGCGCGGCAUCACGGUCAAGGCCGUGAGCGCGUCCAUGGUCCACGACUACGAGGGACGAAAAUACCUCGUGAACCUCGUGGACACGCCCGGCCACGCGGACUUCGCGCACGAGGUCGUGCGGUCGCUCGGCGCGUGCGACGGCGCGCUCUUGCUCGUCGACGCGGCCCAGGGCGUCGAGGCGCAGACGCUCAAGGUCGCCGACGCGGCGCGGGCCGCGGGCGUGCCGCUGUUGGCCGCCUGCUCCAAGGUCGACCUGCCCACGGCG